GGACAAUAUGGCCGCCUAGUAUUGGCAUCGCUAUGGCAAUUCUCUUGGCAGCUUCCUAACUAUUGUCUUUUUUAUACAUUUUACACGAGUUUUUUAAUAUCAGUGCCUAGAAAAUAGGUAGUGUACGUGCAUAUGUGUAUUAUGAUGUAACGGCGGCGCGGUGAGGUGUCGGAAAGAUUGCCGUAAACGCGGGCGGACCUAACCACAUUCCGAGAGUCUGAAAAGCGACAUACAGGUGCGUACCGACAGAGGCAUCCCGCGGAGGGAUGUUUGAAGUAUCCGAGCAGUAACGACCAACACACGUGGCACGCUGCUGUGGUGUUAAGUGUGCAGUGAUCACGGGUGACCGAGGGAAGGCGGGAAAGAAGGUGGUCAAUAUGACUCCUAUCUUCCUCGUCGUGUUGCUGGCGAUUGACCCGAUUAUCGCGCAGAAUACUGGAAACAUCAGCGACUCGCAAUACAUCACGUACAUGACAAGUCCACCGACGAUCCUGGUGAAGCCGCAGUCGCAGCAGGUGAAGGCAGGCGGAAUAGCGAGUUUCUACUGCACUGCGGAAGGAGCACCGCCGCCGCAAAUACACUGGCGAAAGAACGGCAAGAAAAUUUCACAAUCCCAGUCUCGCUACGGGGUGCACCAGUAUGCAAAUGGUGCUUUACUGCGGAUCGAACCUGUCAAGCCAGGGCGCGAUAAUACCGUCUACGAGUGCCUAGCUGAGAAUGGAGUCGGUGACGCUGUUUCGGCCGAGGCGACACUCACCGGUUACGAAGCGGAGAAUCUACCGAUGGGUUUUCCAAUGAUCACUCAAGCACCGACGACAAAGGUAGUCGAGAUGGGCCACAACGCGGUUCUUCUUUGCACAGCGGUCGGAUCUCCGACGCCCAUCAUCUCCUGGGUGCGAGAUAUGCUACCUAUCGACACGUCAAAUCCACGAUACACGGUCCUGGAUUCCGGUGCUUUACAGAUUACCGAGUCUGAUGUAGCCGAUCAGGGCAAAUAUGAAUGUGUCGCUAACAAUUCCGUAGGUACAGAGUACUCCAAAUCGACCACGUUGUAUGUUAAAGUACGUCGCGUUUCACCGACCUUUUCGAUUCGUCCUCCGACGUCGAUCGAGGUGAUGUUGGGCGGAUCACUAAAUAUCACUUGCGUCGGGGUGGGCGCACCGAUGCCUUACGUGAAAUGGAGAAAGGAUCCUGCGACCGAUUUGACGCCGGAAGACAACCUGCCUGUCGGCAAAAAUGUCUUAAAACUGACCGACAUCAAGGAGUCUGCCAAUUACACGUGCACAGCCGCCAGCGAUCUUGGCAUAAUUGACGCGACUACGAUGGUGAAGGUUCAAUCUCUUCCCGGCCCGCCGGAGAAUGUUCAAGCGUCGGAUAUCACUGCGACGUCGGUGAAGUUGAGCUGGUCCUACAAAAGACCGGAUGAUCUGCAGUACUACGUAAUUCAACAUAAACCGAAGCAUGUGAACCAGGCAUUUGCCGAGAUAUCCGGUAUCACGACGAUGUAUUACCAUGUUAGGAGUCUCAGUCCGUAUACGGAGUAUGAGCUCUACGUGAUAGCCGUGAACAGCAUCGGGCGUGGUCCCCCAAGUGCCCCGGUGAUAGUCACCACUGGUGAAACAACGGAAUCUACGAAUGGAGGUGCCAAACCCGGUACAGCGCCGCGAAAGGUUCAAGUUCGACCGUUGAGCUCCAGCACAAUGGUCAUACAGUGGGACGAGCCGGAAACUCCGAACGGUCAAGUGACGGGAUACAAAGUGUACUACACAACGGAUUCGAAUCAACCGAUGGCGUCGUGGCAAUACCAAAUGGUGGAUAACAGCCAGCUGACAACGAUUUCGGAGCUGACGCCGCAUACCAUCUAUACCAUAAGAGUCCAGGCACUCACGAGCGUCGGUCCUGGACCUCUCAGUCUGCCAGUGCAAAUCAAAACACAACAAGGGGUACCGAGUCAGCCCGAAAUGCUAACGGCGGUCGAGAUCGGGGAGACCAAAGUAACGCUCCAAUGGAGCAAGCCCGCUCAUAGCGCUGAGAAUAUUCUCAGCUAUGAGCUGUACUGGAAUGACACUUACGCGAAGGAGAAGCAUCAUCGCAGAAUACCGGUUACCGAGAACUACACACUGACCGGACUGUAUCCGAAUACUCUGUACUACGUAUGGCUGGCCGCGAGGAGUCAAAGGGGAGAAGGUGCCACGACGAUACCGUAUCCGGUUCGCACAAAACAGUACGUCCCCGGGGCUCCGCCUCGCAAUGUAACCGGCAAAGCGAUCAGCCCAACCUCUAUAUUGGUAACGUGGGAACCACCGGUCGCUGAACGUUCCAACGGAAGGAUCGCCUACUACAGACUGCAAGUCGUCGAAAGCGGUCGCUCUGACUCCGAGGCGAGGAAUAUCAAACUGAAUGACACGCGUUUCGUGUUGGACGAGCUCAAAAAGUGGACCGAGUAUCGGAUCUGGGUAUUGGCCGGGACCAGAGUAGGUGACGGGCCCCCGAGUUAUCCUAUCAUGGUCAGAACUCACGAGGACGUGCCGGGGGAUCCUCAAGACGUCAAAGUCUCGCCGAUCAACUCGACGGCAAUACACGUCGAGUGGAAGCCGCCAAAAGCGAAAGAUCAGAAUGGCGUUAUACGAGGGUACCACAUACACGUGCAGGAAGUGAGGGAGGAGGGGAAAGAUCUACUGAACGAACCAAUACGUCGAGACGUGCAUGAGGACGGCGUGCUAGAGGUGAACAUUACCGGACUGCAACCGGACACGAGAUACUCGGUGCAAGUGGCGGCACUAACGAGAAAAGGAGACGGAGACCGUUCGGUACCGAUUCACGUUAGGACACCGGGCGGAGUACCGAACAGGCCGCAAGUCAACGUGAAGGUACUAAACAGAGGCCCAGACGUCUUGGAACUCGAAUGGGUCCAACCCACUCAAACCUAUGGUACUCUGCUAGGAUAUCGUAUUCGAUAUGGUAUAAAGAAUCAAACGCUCAAGGAGGAAUUUAUCGAGAGCACGCGUCAGCAUACAUAUAAAAUCACAGAUCUCGGAGAACAAGGCGUUGAUUACGAAUUCAGAGUAGCGGGUAAAAAUGACAUCGGCUUUGGCCAGGAGACCGUGCGAUACUGGUUCAGCCCGGAAGGCGAACCCACGGGGCCACCGACCAACUUAUCGUACUUCUUUCAAACUCCCGACACCGUGUGCGUUACUUGGGAUAAACCCCUUCGACAGCAUAGAAACGGCCAAAUAAUCGGCUAUGACGUACAGUUCAACAAAAAGAACGAUCACUCUAGCACUAUAGAUAGGAACACGACAAAGACGAGGGCGGUAUUCACCAAUCUGGAGGAGAACACGGAAUACGUCUUUCAUGUACGAGCGCAUACGUCGCAAGGUAGCGGUCCGUAUUCCGAGAAAAUCACGAUAAUGACGGAGAAGGACAUCGGCCGAGCUCCGAUGUCCGUAAGAGCAGUGGCCACGUCGGAUUCCAGUGUGGAGGUGUGGUGGGAACCAGUACCCAACAGAGGAAAGAUCGUCGGUUAUCAAAUUUUCUAUACGACGACCGCUGUGGAAGAUCUAGACGAGUGGAAGCAGAAAGAUCUGGAGAAAUUCACCCAAUACGCCAUAACGGUAGCUGCGCGCUACAAGCCCGGUCUGGGAAGACUAAGCGAGAAGGUCACAGUAAAGGUAAAACCGGAAGAUGUACCGCUAAAUCUUAGAGCACCAGACUCAUCGACACACUCGAUGACUCUGUCCUGGACUCCGCCCAUAAGACUGACCCCGAUGAAGUACAAAGUCUCAUUCGACGCUGUUAAAGAAUUCGUAGAUUCUCAGGGUAUAACACAAACACAGAUCGUCCCUCGCAGGCAAAUACUAUUGGAUCCUCAAACAACGAGCACGAUGAUAAACGAGUUACAACCGUUUACGACUUAUAACGUCAACGUGAGCGCUGUACCACGCGACGGUCAAUAUAGACCACCGGCAAAAAUUACGGUCACCACGCAGAUGGCUGCACCCAAACCGAUGGUGAAGCCAGACUUCUACGGCGUGGUUAAUGGCGAAGAGAUUCAAGUUAUUCUGCCGCAAGCUUCCGAGGAAUACGGCCCGAUUUCGCACUAUUACCUGAUAGUCGUGCCCGAAGACAAGAGUACCGCCGAUAAACAACCGGAUGAGUUGACCGAGGAUAUGAUUACCGGAAAAGGUGCCAAGCAAGAGAGGGAAAAUGCGCCCUAUAUCGCAGCUAAGUUUCCACACAGAGAUAUUCCGUAUACGUUCCAUUUAGGCAGCGGAGACAUCUACGAGGGAUACGAAAAUCGGAAACUCGCAAAAAAUAAACGCUAUAGAAUAUUCGUACGGGCCGUAGUCGAUACUCCACGAAAGCAUCUGUACACGUCGUCACCAUUUUCCGAAUAUUUAUCUUUGGACAUGAGAGAAGUACCUCCCGGCGAACCACCACGUCGACCAAAUCCCAAUACUCCUCCGGAUGGAAAUCCGGAAGUUUCAGUAAAAACUAGUGGUCAAGAACCAGGUAUGGUAUGGGUCGUUGGUCCCAUAAUCGCAGCAUUGAUGGUCAGCGUUUGCCUUGUUCUUCUAUUCGUCAUUAAAAAACGAAGACAACCGUGCAAAGCACCAGAUCAAGCAGCCGUUACACGACCGCUCAUGGCGGCGGAUAUAAGUUCUAAUCACGCGCCGUCGGAUCCGGUGGAAAUGCGACGAUUGAAUUUCCAAACUCCAGGCAUGAUCUCACACCCACCGAUUCCAAUCAGCGAACUGGGCAAUCACAUCGAGCGCCUGAAAACGAAUGACAAUCUUAAAUUCAGUCAAGAGUACGAAUCGAUAGAGCCUGGUCAACAAUUUACGUGGGACCAUUCCAAUAUGGAAGUCAACGCGUCGAAGAAUCGUUAUGCCAAUGUGAUCGCAUACGACCAUUCACGGGUCAUUCUUCAAACUGUCGACGGUAUGCCGGGUUCGGAUUAUAUCAAUGCAAAUUAUUGCGAUGGUUAUAGAAAGCAAAAUGCAUAUGUGGCCACGCAAGGACCUCUACAGGAGACAUUCGGUGACUUCUGGCGUAUGUGCUGGGAAUUGCGAACUAGCACGAUCGUGAUGAUGACAAAGUUGGAAGAGAGAACAAGGAUUAAAUGCGAUCAAUACUGGCCCACUAGAGGCUCCGAAACUUAUGGACAAAUGACCGUGACCAUUAGCGAUAUUCAAGAACUGGCAACCUACUGUAUCCGCACGUUUCAGGUUUGUCGAGCGGGCUAUUCUGAACGACGCGAGAUAAAGCAGCUGCAAUUCACAGCCUGGCCCGAUCACGGUGUGCCGGAACAUCCCGCACCGUUUUUGCAAUUCUUACGCAGAGUCAGAUCACUUAACGUACCCGAUAGUGGACCGUUAGUAGUGCAUUGUAGCGCCGGCGUAGGAAGAACUGGUUGCUUCAUCGUAAUAGACUCGAUGUUGGAAAGGAUUAAGCAUGAGAAAAUGAUCGACAUUUACGGCCACGUCACAUGUCUACGAGCUCAGAGGAAUUACAUGGUCCAAACUGAAGAUCAAUACAUUUUCAUUCACGAUGCUCUGCUCGAAGCGGUGAUCUGCGGCAAUACGGAGGUACCGGCCAGAAAUCUGCAUUCCCACAUUCAGAAACUCAUGCAACCUGAGAUCGACAAUAUAACUGGAAUGGAAUUGGAAUUCAAGAAGCUUUCCAACAUCAAGGCCGACUCGACUAGAUUUAUAUCCGCGAAUCUACCAUGCAACAAGCACAAAAAUCGAUUGGUCCACAUUCUGCCUUACGAAUGUACUAGAGUGUGCCUGCAACCACAACGUAACAUCGAGGGAUCCGAUUAUAUAAAUGCAAGCUUGAUUGACGGAUAUCGCUAUAGAGCAGCUUACAUAGCGACACAAGGUCCUCUGUGCGACACUACUGACGAUUUCUGGCGUAUGCUAUGGGAGCACAAUUCCACGAUCGUCGUCAUGCUGACGAAACUGAAGGAGAUGGGCAGAGAAAAAUGUCAUCAGUACUGGCCGUCCGACCGAUCUAUUCGUUACCAGUGUUUCGUCGUGGAUCCGAUCGCGGAAUAUAAUAUGCCGCAAUACAUUUUGCGAGAAUUCAAAGUGACGGAUGCGCGCGAUGGUGCCAGCCGUACGGUCAGGCAAUUCCAAUUCAUCGACUGGCCAGAACAAGGAGUCCCGAAAUCUGGUGAUGGUUUUAUCGACUUUAUCGGUCAGGUUCAUAAAACGAAGGAACAGUUCGGUCAAGACGGACCGAUCACCGUUCACUGCAGCGCUGGUGUAGGAAGGACGGGUGUCUUCAUAACGCUUAGUAUUGUAUUGGAGCGAAUGCAGUAUGAGGGCGUGGUCGAUAUUUUCCAGACUGUGAGAAUAUUACGCACGCAACGUCCGGCUAUGGUUCAAACCGAGGAUCAAUACCAGUUCUGCUAUCGAGCCAGUUUGGAAUAUUUAGGGUCUUUUGAUCAUUAUGCCAACUGACAAGCCGACUCUCGCGAACAAAGAGAUCUGUCGAGGGACAAGCGAGACCGGCAGAGAGGCGAGAGAGAUGUCGAGAGAGCAAAAGUACGACGUGUCUAGUACAAUAAAAUCGUGUGACAUACUCGUACCUUCCAAGAACAAAUACAAUAGCAACGCGAUUACUAAUGUCGUGGGCAGUUAACAUAGAGAAAUGUUUAGUUAAUGAUGUUACAGUAAAUGCAAAUACUCGAAGGAAAUUUUCAUUCUUGAUGAUAUAACAAAUGCCCAAAUCGUGCUAAGAAGCAUUCAUCAGCUUAGGUUAAUCUCUUUUUAAAAAUUAGAUUCGAAAGUUCCCUCGCGCGAGUUAAAACGCGAGUCAAAACUGCCGUUUAGAAAUACAAUACGCAUGAUUGUAUAAACGAUUGUGUCGUACGUUGUCAUACAUACGUUCGUUCCUUUGUGUGAACAGAGCGGACUUUUUAAUUUCCAGAUAUUCUCUCACAUUAAAAGAUUAAUUAAGUACGAUAAUGUAAUCAAAAUUACAAGCCGUCACUGCGUAGGAUUCACAUUUGUGAAUUAGUAAAUUGGAACAUAUCCCAUUGUCGAAUCGAUCAUUCGUAAAAGCAUUUUUUUAAGUCUAGAUAAUCUAAUUCUAAGAUAGACUGAAAUAUUACGAUCAUAUCUCUCUCCCACUCAAAAUAUAGUGCAUUACAUGCAUGGAUGCCUCUUACAAACUGAGACAUCCUUUCCCGUUUAUUGAAGAUGAGAGUGCUUCCUUCAGUAGCGAUUGCAUAGAGGAAUGAAAAGGUGUUGAUGUUAAUGCUGUGAGAGAAACAGAUGAGUAAUGCACUGCAUAUAUGUGUAAAAUGCACACAUAUAUGAAGGUAAAAAUCUACAAUUUACAGUAUAUGACACGUUUCACAUAUUCAAGUACUUACUGAUGUAGAAAAAAUAACAGAUCGAAAAAUCAACUAAAUAACUUUCUUUAACUUUACAAAAGAGAGAGAAAGAGAGAUGAAAAUUUCCGCUCACAAGAGACAAGAAAAUUGCCAUACUGCCAAAUUGACAAUUAUUAUGCUGUACUCGUUAUGAACAGUAGGGAUCUCUUCUCAUUUUAUCUAUUAUAAUAAUGUUAGAUAGAUCAUAAGAAAAAAAAUUGUUUUAAGGCUAGAUUAAGCGAUGCCAUUAGGGAAAUGAUGAUGAAAAAAUGAUUCGAAUGAAAGAAGGAUGAAAGGAAACGGUGCCUAUAUUCAAUGAAAAGUGCACAAAUAAAAAAAUUUGGGUGCACAUUUCUAUAAAAGAAGAAAAACUAAUUUACAUAGAAGCACUGUAUGUUGAAAUCGUGUAUUGUUCUUCCGAGCCCUCGAUACCUUUAUGUACAAAGUUCCAAUGUAGCUUCUACCUCGAAUACUUUUAUUGUUUUUUUAAAUAUGUUCAAAUAGACAGUAUACCAUAAAUUUAUAUUUGUUUUUGUAUAUCAGUUUGUUUUUUGAUUCACAUAUAGUUGAACAGAUAUUUUCAUCAAAAUUUAAUUCAUACAAGAUAUUCACAUUUAUUAAUGGUACAUUAAAUUUAUCGAUAUUUGUAAAAUAUCUUUUUCUUUUUUCAAAUGCCAGAUCAAUGCCAAAAACGCACAUUGGAUGGAACAUUGCUACACAAUAUAUCUGUUAUGGUGAAAAUAUUUAAUUUGGUAAGUUUAUAAAAUUUUUGAUUCUAUAGAAUCGCUCUAUGUUAGUGAAUUUGUAAGAAAUUCAAAUAUUUUUUCUUACAAUUACUUAUGAUUUAAAAAAGAUGAAUGCAUUAACUGCUUUGAUUUUAGAAAAUCAUCACAGUGAAUGUACUUAAUCCUACUUUUUAUUGUGCCUAUUGAUGCACUUAUAAUAGUCAAUAGUUGAUUCUAUUUAAUAUUUUAUAUAAAAGCGCUAAUUAAUCACUUUUAUCAUAACAUUUCCACUUUAUAGCGAUAACUUUAACUACGCAUAUUGCAAUUCAAAAUUGCAGACUCUUAAAUCUAUGAGGACAAUAAUUGUGCACUUGUUUAUGUAUUCUGUACUUCUAAAUUUGUAUGAUAUUAGAUACAGCGUCUUUUAUCUAACACUUUAGAAAUUAUCGAUUAAAAAAAGUGUAUGUACACGCAAUAACAAAUGUGAUGUUAUUUGCAGUGCUCAGAGACUUUAUUGAGCAUGGACUCUGUUUUUUGACAUUCUUUUGCAACUAUCUAUGCUUAUGAUACAUACCUGACAUGUUUGAAUCCAAUGUGCCAUGUCCCAUUUUGAUGGCAGCUUCAUGAUGUCCAUAAUUUCCAUGAUUUCAUACAAGUAUAUUUUUUCCAUUAAUUACUGCGGUUCGAGGGUCAGGAACUGUGACUAUCUGUACAUAAAUGCACCGUCUGUCAUUAGCAACAUUAUAUAAAUAUAUACAAAAUGAUGAUAUAUAUAUAUAUAUAUAUAUAUAAAAUGAUGAAUAAUAUAUAUACAUAGAUAUAUAUUAUAAAUAUCAUAAAAGAGAUACGAGUGUGCAUAAAAGACAUGGAGAUAUUUAAAAACAUGUGGGUAUUUUCCAGACUAUACUUUAAGUUUUAAUUGAAAAAAAAGAAUGUGUAAUCUACUCAUUGUCAAUAUAUGUUGUACCUACUCAUAAUAUUUAAUUCUCGGAUCAUUUUUUAUUUACGAUUUUAUACUUUUUUGAUACUUUUUAAAAUAUUAUUGUUUUUUAAUUGUGUUUAUUACAUUGUUUUGACAUACUUCUAUACAAUGGCUUUCGUGUAAAAUGUUGUUUUAUGGAUUGGAAAGAUGCAUAUGAUGCUAAAAUGAUAUUACUUUAUUAUUAGGAUAUUUUUUCCUUCUGUUAACAAACUGAGGGCCAUCUCAUAUUUGCAUUUAAUAUUAUAUAUCUUUGUGCUUGAAAAAGUACUUAAUUUAUUUCAUUAUAUACCAUUAUAAUGUACGUAUAUAAUUACAUAAUUGCAUCAAAUUUUUCACUGCCUGUUGAACCAUUUAUGAACCAUGACAUUUUUCAUUAAAUUAUAAUGUAAUGAUAAUAAUUUUACUACUACUUGUAACAAUAAUAAUAAUAAUGAUAAUACUAGUUAUAAAAAAUGAUUCUACAAUUUGCCUUACGUCUCAAGUUUUACAGCUUUAAUAUUAACACUUCAAAUUUUUACAUUAACGACACAUUUUUGAAUUAUCGAAUUGUGUUAAUUUUUACAAUGUUGGCAACCUUUAUUACGGCUCGAUAAUAUUUGGCCUUCAGAAUGUAACCAUAACCUAUUUACGUCAAUAUGCAGCUUCCAGUUUUAUUAUUUUUAUUUUAUUUAAAGAAGAGCGUACAUUUAUAUAGUAUUUUUCAUAGAAUUUGUUUGUUUUUUCCAUUAAACACAUUUCACACAUUCAUAUGUUUAUUACUUUAACUAAAAUUAAGUUCAAUGUAUAAUACAUUUAUUAAACAUUCUUAUGCAAAUUAAAUUAUGAAUACUUUUAAACAACACGAAAAAAGUUUGCAAUAUCUUUUAUUUUCUCAGAUACUAUGCGUAAUUUCAAAAACUGCAAUUGGUAUUUAUAAAGACUCGCCCAAACAGAUUCACAUUCUUUAAGAUAUUGCUAACGAAAUGUUAUACAUGGUGUAUGACUGAAUAAUGUUUAUUAGCUCUAACAAUAUAUGACUGAAAACUUAGACACAAAACUCAAUACAAUAUGUAAAAGACAGUUAAGAUAAGAAUGGAUGACAUUUUAACAAUUAUAUGUAUCAGGAGGCUUUACCUGUAAAUAAUAAUAUUAACUUAUUUCUAUUGAAAUACUUUAAUCUGAUUCUUAUUACAUUAUACAAUUACUCAAAAAUUUACAAGAUAGAAUCAAAUUACUUUAACUAUUUAUUUUGAUGAAGUAGUAUUUGCUAUGAAAGCAUUUCUUGAUAAAGAAACUGAUAGCUCUUAAACUUUAAAAGUCAAACGCCCUGUACACACUGAUGUUUUAUUAUAAAGUCUUAUUAUUCUGGAAAAAAAGAGAAAUUAAAGACUUUUGCUAAAAAUAACUUUCAAAUAUCUCAUUAUUAUAGGUAUUCAUCUGUAAUAAAUCAUUAAAUGUUCAUUCACGUUAAACAUUUUUCUAAUAAUAAUGUAAAACAUUAAUUUGACAAAACUUUUGUGAAAAACUGAUCAAGAUUUCAAUGUAAUUAUAUUAUCAACGUAUGUACUUUGGCCAACUUUCUUAAUGGCUUCACGUUUAAAAUUUCAAACUAAGAUAUGUUACAAAAAACGAAAUUAAAUUAUUGUAUAAAUAUAUUACUAGUUAUAAGUUGGUAUCAUUAAUCUAUAAUCGCUAAAAUUUACUGCUACGAAAAAAGUCCACAAUAUUCAUGCAUUUAUAAUAAUUGUAAUACUAUUAAGUUUUUUUAUAUCAUUCCAAAACUUUCGUAUAUAUUGUACUUUUGUAGCAUGAUUAUUGUUAGUUUUAUAUAAUUUUUUGUAUGACCUAAAAUGUAUAGCAAUAUGUGGUUUGUUGUAUUCUUCUUGAAAACGUACACAACUCGCGUGUGUCUUCGGAGCACUUUUGAUAAUAUAAUAAAAUACGAUCGGCUGCUUUAUAUAGCUCCGUGCAAUAUAUAGCGAGUUUAUUACUGUGUAUAAGAUCGCCUCAAUUUCAUCUGUAGAUGAAUCAGUAAAGCGACUGUCGCAGAUCCGAAGAAUAUGAAUUUAAAAGCAAAGAAUAAGUCAAAUACUAAAUAUCGUUGAAAGAAUGGGAAAUUAUUUUGUGAUACUUUCUUGCCAGAAAGAAUACAACAGGCUGAGGUAAACUGAUGAUAAAUGCAAUGUUACUAAUUAACAACUAUACAAAAUAAAUAUUGUGUAAUAGGAAGAGAGUCUGUUGACAAGGAAAAAUACCGUGUACAUUAUGUAUUGCCUCACGGCAUUAAUAAACUAGUACUAA